AUGGAAUUAUGGACUGUGACCAUCAAUGUCAAGUUGACUGUCUGUGAUAGCUAUGAAUCACUUGAAGUGAGAUAUGAUGAUUAUAAUGAGCAGUUUCGGGCCGUGGUCGAAAUGGCGAGAUCACUGCUGCAAGAAAGCUCGAGCAAGGUCUUGCCGGCGACUAUCAUUCAAUCCUCUCUUGUGCCUGCUCUUCUCUGGUGUGGAAUGAAGUGCCGUGAUUCUUUAAUACGAGCCGACAUUGUGCGGCUUAUUGAUGAAAUCAAGGGGCAGAAUACCACGAUAUCUGCAUUUUUGAUGGCAUUAAAGAAGGUUAUUCAAUAUGAAUCGGGUGAUGUGAAGCUGGGAGAACAAAUCCCAGAGACAGCUCGUCUUGCUUCUGUGAAGCUCAACAUUAUACCGGGUCAAGAGAAGGUUGACCUGUGGUAUCGCACAUCUGCGUUGGACCCCCACCUAAUUGAUGAUGAUUUAUGGCUAUAUAAUAGCAUAUCCGUUUAG